AAAGUAGCGGCAUUGAAGCAACCCUUCCAACAUUAAGGAUUUUACAGGUCCUGGUAAUUGCAGAAGGGUAACAGUGACGUAACACGUAUGGUCCCAUCGAUGGGAUAGAGAACUAGAGAUAUGAUAUGAUAUCUUGGACGAAGGAAAGCGAAGAGGUAGUAUAAUCUAUAAUGCCAACAACGGCCAUGGCUUGUGUGCAGAGCUGUGAGGGGUGGGCGGGCAGCAUACUUUCUUGUUUGAAACCCACAGCUAAGCCAAACCAAAACCAAGUAAGAGUCGUUCUUCCAUUACCCAUUUCAAGAAGAUCUGCUCUUCUGACGACCCUUUUGCCUCUCGACCUGAUUUUCGUCUCCCCACCUUCACUGGCCAGGGAGAGAAGGAACAGAAAAACCAUCCCGCCUGAGGAGUACAUGACUAGCGCAGCCAAUGGACUGAAGUACUAUGACCUUGUUGAGGGUAGGGGUCCGAUUGCUGAGAAAGGAUCAACAGUCCAGGUACACUUUGAUUGUAUUUAUCGUGGUAUUACGGCAGUUUCAAGUCGAGAGUCUAAAAUUUUAGCUGGAAACCGAAUAAUUGCACAGCCAUAUGAGUUCAAGGUCGGUGCUCCUCCAGGCAAAGAACGGAAGCGUGAAUUUGUGGACAACCCAAAUGGCUUGUUUUCUGCCCAGGCUGCACCGAAACCCCCACCAGCUAUGUACUCAAUAACUGAAGGAAUGAAAGUAGGAGGGAAGAGGACUGUCAUUGUGCCUCCAGAAGCUGGCUAUGGCCAGAAGGGAAUGAACGAAAUUCCGCCAGGAGCUACCUUUGAACUGAAUGUGGAGCUUCUUCAACUUGUAUCACCAAAAUCAUCCUAGCACGUGAUGGGAUUGGUGGUGAAAACUUUCAUAUUGGAUGGCAUCUAACAACUCAAACAGUUCAAUUUGUUAGGGAAUUAAAUUUGUGGCACGAGGAUAGUUGGGCAUGAGCUAGUGAUCAUGGGAAAUGGGUCUGAUGGGUAAUCUCGGUGGGACUGCCAUUAAAUUUCCAAUCUGUGGCUUAUAAUGCAGAGGCUGGUCUUAAUUGGAAACAUUUUUGUGUAUAUUUGACUUUGAUUUGGCCAUUUAGGGACAAAAUAGAUGAACAAAUUCCUGUAAAUCAUCCUCUUGGUUGUGGGUGUUAACCAGGGAGAUGCAGCAGGUAAUCACUGUAAACGUCGAUACAGGCCGAACCUCCCCUUCUGUAAGAAUCUAUUGGCAUUGGGCAAUAUAAGAUAGAAUACCAACUGAUAGUCACCCAUGUCACCUGAGUUCUCAUUUUCUAAAGUAUCCACUUUGCCCCCAGAAAGGUACAUGACGUUUUGUAUGGCAUGGUCUGCUAUAAAGCCAUAGUUCCUGCAAAUUAGAGAUUUUAUGUGUUAAUGGGAUCAUUACUGAAUCUUUUUGUAAAA